AUGUCCUUCUCCCACGCAAGCUUCAUGCAGCCGGAACAGUUCCUCCAAUCCUCUGUCGAGGAUGUCAGGGCGAAGGUUCAGGACCUCCAGGCCCAGGCGCCCCACCAUGAAUCCUAUUGGCAGUAUCAGGCAGAUCAUGCGGGAGUGGAUUUGGGGAAUAUCGAAUCACGCACCGACAUCAACGAAGACACGAUCCACGGUCCGCUCUUCGCUUCGCAACUCGGAAACUUCUCAGUCUUCGAACCGGGUCUGGAGAGUGCAUCCUUCUACGACCCGAAUUCCGAUUCCUUCGGCUGCCAGGGAAAUAACGUUCUAUCGUAUGCUGCGGUUAAUGGACACCACAGCGGCCUGGCACUUCCGCCGAAUCCUUUCAAUCAUCAUGGAUCUGCGGAUCAUUGCUCCGAUGCGGCUCACUGGCUGUCCGUAGCCGCCGCACCAGGAGUGCCAGUCCAUCAGACGAUGCUCCCCGACCAUAAUGAGGCGACCAAAGUGACUGCACCAGAUUCGGCAGCUUUUCAGCCUGCCGCGUCGGGUCACUCUACCUGGUGGAACAGUUCCAGCACUGAGCCCUACUCUUAUCAGCUGCCAAACUGGGGAUGGCCUACAUAUGCUGCUCCGGCUACAAGCGGCUUGGCUGGUUCAGGUUUGUAUCUUGGCGUAGGCUUACUCGGCCCUUCACUCAGCAUACCGCCCGCGACUUUGCAUGGCCAGAAUUCUUUCGAGCGCUCAAUAUACCGCAAGAGCUUCUCCGAUUCUAAUAAGGCAUAUGGCCAGGAAACAGCAUCGACUGAAGAAAAAGGUGUCGAUAAUACCACGCCGGAAAACCCUUUGCCGUCAGAUACACAGCGCACCGGCUGGAAUGGAGCCAUGGAACUGCAUACCUGUGGCGAGUGCCACGAAACCUUCUCUACUGGUGGGAAUUUGCAGGAGCAUGCGCUGCAACAGGCGCACGAAGCCUACACUUGCCGCAUAGAGGGGUGUUCGUCAGCAUUUCAAUCCCAUAGGGGCCUCGCGGCGCACCUCAAGACGCACGCAGCAUAUGCUUGCUCAGAGGAGGGAUGUACAUCAACGUUCUCCAGGUCCGAUGUGUAUCAACGCCACCAGACAACCCACUUGCGUGGAACUCCGCGCUUUCCGUGUCUAUACUGCAAGAGACACCGCGGUAAGGAGGGCUUUAGGCGCAAGGACCACCUCACACAACAUUUGCGUAAUUACCACCAUAUUGACGAGGAUGAUGGAUGGGGCAGGUACCGGGAGUCAUGCCAGCACGAAGGUUGUCCCGAGUAUAGGGGUGACCUAGAUGAGUGGUCCAGGGAACAUGCCUUCAAGAAGUUCGCCAAGUACAUUACGCACAUGCGAAAGGUCCACGACGAGUCCGAGUUCCCAUGCCCAGCGCCGGGCUGCGAGAGGGUGAACGGCAAGGGGUAUUUCCGAGAGUGUGACCUUGCUAAACACCAGCGCAAACAACACCCGGAGAUGGCCGAGGACAACCAGGCUUGA